GUCACUAAAACCUCGCCCCAAUGGAUUUCUCCGAGCAGGACGUCGACGUCUUCGGCGAAGACUACGGCGACGGCCGCGCCGCCGACGGAGACGGCGGCGGCGGCGGCCGCCGGAGCGCGAGCCGCCAAUCGUCCUCCGGAUCGUCGUCGCGGUCGUCCUCCUCCUCCUCCUCCUCCUCCUCCGCGGCGUCGUCCUCCUCGUCCUCCGGAUCUUCGUCCGACGGGGGGGACAGCAGCAGCGACGGCGGGAGCCCCCGCAGUGGCGGGAGGGAGGAGGACGAGAACGGGGAGGAUUUGGAGAACGUCAGCGGCGUGACGAGCAGUCACCGCAGUGAGUUCGAAGAGAAGGAGACCGAUCUGUUCGGGUCCGAUAACGAGGAGUACUGCAAAACUCCGGCUACUAGUCGUUUUCCGAUUCCCGUACUGCCCCCUAUUCGUACCAAUAACAGUCAGGGCAGAGGGACCUUUGGUCGAGGUCGGUGGCAGGGCGGGCAUCCAAAUGGUAGGGGAGCAGGUAUCCUUCCCCGCCCUGGACCUUAUCCACCGAGGCAAAACUAUGGUUUCGGACCGAAGUUUUCCAAUGGUCAUCGUGAUGAGCGUUUUGUUUCCGAACUUAAGCUUUCCAAGAGUGAAGAAACGUUAUCGAGGAGAUGCAUUGCAUUUCAGGAGCCAUGUGAACUUGCUUGCUAUAGCCGUGCAGAAGGUGGAGAUGUCUACUUCGAUGAUCGCACCUUGAGGCUCUUUAAACGUUUCAUAACAGAAGACGUGGGAGCUGAUCUCAAUGAAGGUUUUGACACUUUUAUUGAGAAAAAAGACUUGGGUUCCGAGGGUUUUGGCGACCUUCUUGCUUGCGUAAGGGACAAAAAUAUCCCACUGCAGAACAUCCAUUUUGUGACAUUCCGGAACAACCUCAAUAAGAUAUUGGCUACAGCUUAUAUUAGGAAUGAGCCUUGGGAGAUGGGCGUGCAUAAAAGGAAUGGGGUUGUCUACCUUGAUGUUCACAAACUUCCAGAAAGGCCUCAAAGUGACUUAGACCGCAGAAGAUCUUACUGGGGAUAUUGCUUUGAGAACCUUGCAACUGAAGACCCCCAAAGAGCUGUGGGAGAAGGGAUACAUCAUGUCAAUGCCAAUGUUGAAUACUGUUCUGUGAUAAAAACUAAAUUGGGGGCUCAUCGAAUAUUGAUGGGGGCUGAAAUGGAUUGUUGUGAUGCAGCUGAUGAUGGAAGGAGAUUUUAUAUUGAGCUGAAGACCAGCCGUGAGUUAGAAUAUCACACUGAAGAAAGAUUUGAGCGAGAGAAGCUCCUUAAGUUCUGGAUUCAAACCUUCCUGGCCGGUGUUCCUUGUAUAGUUAUUGGAUUCAGGGAUGAUGCUGGCCGGCUUGUCCGGACAGAGAGAUUAAGGACCAAAGACAUAACUCAGAGAGUAAAAAUGAAGAACUAUUGGCAGGGAGGAGUGUGCCUGGCAUUUGCUGAUGAAGUCCUCUGCUGGCUGUAUGGAACAGUCAAAGAAAAUGAAGACUACAUACUGCAGUUUGCUCCACCAUUUAAUCGUUUGGAGCUUCUGCAAGCUAACUCUUGCCCUGAUGCGAUUACUAACCAUGUCACGCAAUUGUGACAUUUUCGGAGGUUUGCUCUGAAGAUCAACAUACGCAAAAGGCGCCCAAUUUUUGUCUCCCCAGAAGCUUCAGACCUUGUAAAUUGGGCAAAGUGGUAACUGAAGAUAUCAGUUUGCUAACUCAGGCAUCGUCAGAGCUCAGGCCAUCAUUAAAAGCAGGCAUAAGCGGGGAUCACCAUUCAUGGAUGUGUAAUAGAAGUUUGCUUAGAACUUCUAGCACGAGAGACGUUUUCGGUUUCCCAGCUUUGUCUGUGCAUCUGAUUAAAUCAUUUUUCCGAAUCUGCUGCUAUAAUUAUUUGUGCCCUUGGCACUAGAAAUCCGGUGGCCAUUUGCGACGACGCCAUCCUCAAGAUGAUGGCAUAUGCUCGCGGUAAGCAGUUGUGUAGGGAAUGUUUGACGGUUCUCAUAAAGCUGGGGUUCGAUUCUACCGUCGGAGUGUAUGUCGUAUUACAGGCCUGUUGUCAAGUAGGGGCUAAGCUUAGUGACAAGACGAUUUAGACGAAUCAGAAUCCAUCAUGUUAUGUAGUCAUCUCGGCAUGCUUUUCUUAGCAUCGUGCCCCAUGAAAAUGGUUUUGCGUUGACAA